AUGUCUGUAGCAUUGAAUAUUCUCAAGAAGACAGUGGCCUCCAUCAUUCUUAAAUGGGAGAAGUUUGGGACCACCAAGACUCUUCCUGGACCUGGCCGCCUGGCUAAACUGAGCAAUCGGGAUGUGACCAAGAACCCGAUAGUCACUCUGACAGAGCUCCAGAAGAUUCGCGAGGCGUUCAAGGUAUUUGACCGUGAUGGGAAUGGCUUCAUCUCGAAGCAAGAGCUGGGCAUGGCCAUGAGGUCUCUGGGGUACAUGCCCAAUGAGGUGGAGCUGGAGGUCAUCAUACAGAGACUGGACAUGGACGGUGAUGGUCAGGUGGAUUUCGAAGAGUUUGUCACUCUCCUCGGACCCAAGCUGACAGCAGCCGGAAUGCCAGACAAGUUCCACGGAACCGACUUUGACUCUGUGUUCUGGAAGACUGACAUGCAGAAGCUGACGGUAGAGGAGCUGAAGAGGCUGCUGUAUGAUACAUUCUCCGACCACCUCACCAUGAAGGAUAUCGAGAACAUCAUCAUGACCGAGGAGAGUCACAUAGCGAACCCUGGGGCCUGCCAGGUGGAUAUAGACACUAGUCCAACGCAGCAAGUCAAGCAGACGUGUGUACGCAAGAGCCUGAUAUGUGCUUUUGCCAUCGCUUUCAUCAUCAGCGUCAUGCUUAUCGCAGCCAAUCAGGUGCUUCGGAGUGGCAUGAAGUAGGCGGGGACGGCCAUGGCCUCCUGACCCUCUGAAAGAAACUGCUGUAAGACACCUGGACAAAUGACUAAGAAAAAAACAGCUCAACAACAACAACAGACAAUUAAUCCACCAUCUAAAUAAACUGACAGAAAGGCAUGGCUCUCAUCCAAAUGACUUCAUGGGCAUAUUUCCCAACAUGGUCCUUUAUCUCCUUUCUGAAUGGAACCCAUUGAGACCCUUAACUACGGUGGCCUGGAGGUUGACCAUCAUCUGUGCAUGAAGUGCAUGGAUUUAACCAGUCGUCUCUUGAAACAUUUGUAGACCUUAUUAUCAGUGUAUAUCCGUAUGACUGUGUAACAAACAGAGGUGUGUCAUUAUUAACUUAUUGUGAAGGGGUCAGUGGCGGGAAUGAACAAUGGGUUUUACAUCUGUACUGUGUAUCAAACAACAACAAACGAACAACAACAAACAAGUUAAUAUUUCAUAAUAAAUGUAUAUUUCACAGUUCUGCAUGAUCAAAAGGGCUGUUUAGUGGACUACAUGAUCAUAUCGUAAAAGUAGUUUUUGGACAACUGUUCUUAUUGACAUACUGUGGACUAUUAGCUUCACUGAGCACCCCAUAACGACCACAACAUAUCUCACAGCCAUAACGAUCAUAACGUAUCUCACUGUCAUAAGGAUCAUAAGAUAUCUCACUGCCAUAACGAUCACAACAUAUGUCACUGCCAUAACGAUCACAACAUAUGUCACUGCCAUAAGGAUCCUAACAUACCUUACUGCCAUUGAAAAACCACUAACUCAGACGUGAUGGGUGUUGUAUUAGCAUAUCACUGGGAAAUCAUACAGUAUUUGCUUGAAAUGUGACAUAUAUGCAUAAUAACAUUUGAACAGAGAUGUCUGCUCUGUACAUGGGGAAUAUGAUGAAUGUGAUGGAAUGUAUACACUGCUAUAUUAGGCAAUACAUCACAAGUAUACAUUUCACAUGUGAUAUCGCUGGCUAGACAUGUUCAAUAUAGAACUGUAGGCUCAUCCAUGAGGAAGCUCUGCUCUGGGGAAUUGAAGCGGGAGCAAUAACCUUCAAUCCACUUCCAUGCCUUGGUAGCUCCUUGUUGUCCUUGGAAUGCAAUACUCUUCCUAUGGCGACUUUGAACAUACCAUAGUAAUAUAUUCUAUCUUGUUUUUUUUAAAUGAAAAAGUAAUGACAUUCACACUAGAUAAAAGAACCAGGAAGCACUUUCAUCUUAAAGACACUUCUGAAACCAGGUUUCUAUUCUAUGUCUCAUUCUGGGACACAGACUUUGCUAUACUGAUCAUCAAAUGGCCUGUGAAGCCCUGCAAUAAAGCACUAAUCCAACUCUGGGCAAUAUUUCCACCAUUGCUGUUCCAGUGCUCUUUAGAGUGUUGUGCAUGAUUGCCAGUGACAUCUUGGAAUACUGAUCAUCUCUCUACAUAUGUAUAAUACACAUUUUGACCAAAGCUAUGAAAGUCAACCAUUGGGUGGAGUAAAUGGAUCUCAGAAUGGAAGGAGAGAGAACAUUAAAACAAGUAAAUGGAAAAGCACACCAUUUUUUAAUGUAGUUGCCAAAUAAAGGGAAACUUGAAUAGCUCAUCAAUAUGUACUGUUGUUGGAAUUCAAAAAAUAGUUAUGAUGUCUUCUAUUAGAUUUGUUGUAAAGAAACUACUAGGACAAGUACAAUACAAUGCACUGGAGAGACGCAAAAACAAAGAACUAAAAGAUAAAUGCAUUUCACUAAAAUACUUACAUCUGUUUUGGAGGCUGAGGACAUUUAAUUUGUAAUGUAAUGGAGGGUAGCCUAGUGGUUAGAGCGUUGAGCCUGUAAUUGAAAGGUUGGUAGAUCGAACAAGGCAGUUAAUCCACUGUUCCUUGGCCGUCAUUGUAAAUAAGAAUUUGUUCUUAUCUGACUUGCCCAGUUAAAUAAAACCUACUGUAUUGGACUAUUUGGUUUCACAUGAUUGAGCACACCAAUAUUUUGGUGUUACAAUUCAGCAACCGGGUGAUGGAAUUAUGAUUACUGUCCUGUCUAAAAACAGUCAAGACAGACAACAAUUAUCUCAUUUCGCUGAGCGUUUUGUUAAAAGCAGCAAGGUCGCAGUAAGGUUGCAGCAAGGUCACAGAGGACAUAAUACAAUUGCACAUUGUCAAUUCACCAUACUGUAAACAAAUAGCUUUAUUUUCAUUUUGCACUUUAUAAUAUGGCGUAGAUGCACACUAUGAUAAUACACCGCCAUUAUGAUUGUGUUCAAUUUUAAAACAUACUGUACAUGCAUCUUGAAUGGUAUUGUAUAUACAUGUUCCUGACAUCUUCAGAAAAAAUGGGAGUAGAUGAUAGAUAACUGAUAUACGAACCCACUUCAUCUGUUGUUGGUACAUAUUGUAUCAGCUUGGGUGACAUGAAUAUGCCAGCUUGGGUGACACUAAUAUGUCAGCUUGGGUGAUACUAAUAUGUCAGCUUGGGUGACACAAAUAUGUCAGCUUGGGUGACACAAAUAUGUCAGCUUGGGUGACACUAAUAUGUCAGCUUGGGUGACACUAAUGUGUCAGCGUGGGUGACACUAAUAUGUCAGCGUGGGUGAUACUAAUAUGUCAGUUUGGGUGACACUAAAUGUCAUCUUGGGUGACACUAAUAUGUCAUCUUGGGUGACACGAAUAUGUCAGUUUGGGUGAUAAUAAUAUGUCAGCUUGGGUGACACUAAUAUGUCAGCCUGGGUGACACUAGUAUGCCAGCUUGGGUGAUACUAAUAUGUCAGCUUGGGUGACACUACAAUGUCGUUCUUGGGUGAUACUAAUAUACCAGUUUGGGUGAUACUAAUAUGUCAGCUUGGGUGAUACUAAUAUGUCAGCUUGGGUGACACGAAUAUGUCAGUCUGGGUGAUACUAAUAUGUCAGUUUGGGUGACCCUAAUGUGUCAGCUUGGGUGACUCUAGUAUGCCAGCUUGGGUGACACUAAUAUGUCAGCUUGGGUGACACUAAUAUGUCAGUUUGGGUGAUAAUAAUAUGUCAGCUUGGGUGACCAUAAUAUGUCAGCUUGGGUGACACUAAUAUGUCAGCUUGGGUGACACUAAUAUGUCAGUUUGGGUGAUAAUAAUAUGUCAGCUUGGGUGACCAUAAUAUUUCAGCUUGGGUGACCCUAAUAUGUCAGCUUGGGUGAUACUAAUAUGUC